AACAAUAACAAACCCCCCCCUUCCCGAGCUUCGGCCGAGCCUCCGCCCCCCCCACCCCAGCCCGGCACUCCCCCGCGGCGGCCCGCUCCCCGCGGCCAAGAGAAGCUGCUCCCCCCGGCGUCCCUCGCCUGCCCGCCCGCCGCCCGCGGGACGCGGCUUCCCCAGCCCUCCGUCCCGCCCGCCGCCCGCCCCCGCCGCAGACACGGGACCAGCUUCGGGGUCAGAUUCGAAGCCGCUUUGGCGCCAAAUCCUGAGGUACAGACUGUGCAGACAUCACUUUCUGAAUCUCCAGUAAUGACCAGCCCCUCACAGCGCAUCCAGAUAAUCUCUACAGACUCUUCAGUUGCUUCACCACAACGCAUUCAGAUUGUGACAGAUCAGCAAACAGGACAGAAAAUCCAGAUAGUGACUGCAGUGGACUCCUCCGUAUCCCCGAAACAGCAAUUUAUCUUGACCAGUCCAGAUGGAACUGGAACAGGAAAGGUGAUAUUGGCAUCACCUGAGACAUCCAGUGCCAAGCAACUUAUUUUCACCACCACGGACAACCUGGUUCCAGGCAGAAUCCAAAUUGUGACUGAUUCUGCUUCUGUUGAGCGCUUAUUGGGGAAAGCAGAUGUCCAGCGGCCUCAGGUGGUAGAAUAUUGUGUGGUGUGUGGAGAUAAAGCAUCAGGUCGUCACUAUGGAGCUGUCAGUUGUGAAGGCUGCAAAGGUUUCUUUAAAAGAAGUGUAAGGAAGAAUUUGACUUACAGUUGCCGAAGCAACCAAGACUGUAUCAUCAAUAAACAUCAUCGGAAUCGCUGCCAAUUCUGUAGACUUAAAAAGUGCUUAGAGAUGGGAAUGAAAAUGGAAUCUGUCCAGAGUGAAAGGAAACCUUUUGAUGUGCAACGGGAGAAACCAACCAAUUGUGCAGCUUCAACAGAAAAAAUCUACAUCAGGAAAGAUUUAAGAAGUCCCUUAAUAGCCACACCAACUUUUGUAGCCGACAAAGAUGGAACAAGACAAACAGGUCUCCUUGACCCAGGAAUGCUCGUCAAUAUCCAGCAACCUUUGAUCCGUGAUGAUGGCACAGUCCUUCUUGCUGCUGACUCUAAGGCUGAGACAAGCCAGGGUGCUCUAGGCACAUUGGCAAACGUAGUGACAUCCCUUGCCAACCUCAAUGAAUCUCUGAAUAACGGUGACCCUUCAGAAAUCCAACAAGAGGACCAAUCAGCAAGUGAGAUCACUCGGGCAUUUGAUACCUUGGCAAAAGCACUUAACACCACAGAUGGCUCUUCACCACCAAACUUAGCAGAUGGGAUGGAUCCUACAGGAGGAGGGAACAUUCAUGUCAUCAGUAGAGAUCAGUCAACACCCAUCAUCGAAGUAGAGGGACCCCUACUUACAGAUACACAUGUCACAUUUAAACUCACGAUGCCCAGCCCGAUGCCAGAGUACCUCAAUGUGCAUUACAUCUGUGAGUCAGCAUCACGGCUGUUGUUCCUCUCAAUGCACUGGGCCAGAUCCAUUCCUGCCUUUCAGGCCCUUGGUCAGGACUGUAAUACAAGCCUGGUACGUGCCUGCUGGAAUGAGCUCUUCACCUUGGGCCUAGCCCAAUGUUCCCAAGUGAUGAGCCUUUCCACUAUUUUAGCAGCUAUUGUGAACCACCUACAGAACAGCAUACAGGAAGAUAAACUUUCCGGAGACAGAAUAAAACAAGUCAUGGAACACAUAUGGAAACUUCAGGAGUUUUGCAACAGUAUGGCUAAGCUUGAUAUCGAUGGGUAUGAAUAUGCAUAUCUUAAGGCUAUCGUACUCUUUAGCCCAGAUCAUCCAGGUUUGACCAGUACAAGCCAAAUAGAAAAAUUCCAAGAGAAGGCACAGAUGGAGUUACAGGACUAUGUACAGAAAACCUAUUCAGAAGACACAUACAGGCUGGCUCGGAUUCUUGUUCGUCUCCCAGCACUCAGGCUGAUGAGCUCCAGUAUUACCGAAGAACUUUUUUUUACUGGUCUUAUUGGCAACGUUUCAAUAGACAGCAUAAUCCCCUACAUUCUGAAGAUGGAGACUGCAGAAUACAAUGGCCAGAUAACAGGGACGAACUUAUAGUGGGAACAACACAUCUUCGUGGAUCAAACUCAUUUUCAUAGAACCAGUAACUACCAUUAAGAUAGAAAGAAAAUAAAAAAUAGCGAUAUUUUGGUAUGUACAGAUAGUUCCCGUAUGUUAACCAUUUCCUACCUGGUUUCUUCUCAUCUAGGAGGCCCCAAGACUAGCUACUGAAAGCAUAGCCUUCUUUUCUGCCACAAGGAAUAUUUUAAUGACUUUUGAUUUCAAAAAAAAGAAAAAGAAAAAAAAAAAAAACAAGGCGUCAGAUUUCUGAGCAACCUUUUAACUUACUUUGUAUUUAGAAGUUGACAAAGGGCAAAAAAAAUGUUUUAUAAUGUCAGAGACUAGUAUUAAAGAAUACUAAAAACAGUAUCUGUAUAUACAUAUAUGACAGUGUCCUUGGGAAUAUUUAGCAAUUUACUACCAGGGUAAUGACAUGAGCACUUUCUAAGAACUUCUUGUCCACUUGAUAAUGUUAUCAGUAUCCUGCCUGUGAAUAGGCAAGGAGAAAAUGUUCUGUGUCCUUGGCCAAAAUGAUGAUUUCUAUGAAAACUUAAAGGGGGACAGAAAAAAGAGACAAUCACUUCUACUUAAGGCAGAAAGGCAACGUGAGUUUGUAUGCACAUGUUGGUGAUGUGCAUCUUUAGAGUCCUCAAAACUACUGAGGGUGUGGUUUCUUUGCAGCAUGUCUAUAGCACAAUUAGCAGCUAAAUAACUGCCACAGCCAUGGCCCACGCAGGGACAGUCAGUGAUCGUGAAUGCCUCAGACAGAGCUCUUGAUAUGAUCAUGGAAAACCAAGACUUGUUCUAAUAGCUGACUCUGAAUUGCAGUGCAAUUAGUCAGUGAUUAACUGUCAAGAUAGACAUCCAGCCUAUCCAGUAACUGAACAUAUGCCCAGUUUAUUCCUUCCUACUAUUGGCUUCCUAGGGUGAUGGGUAUUUUGUUGGCUUUUGCAGGCCCACAAUAGUGUUGCUUAGAUCAGUCCCAGAUAAGUACCAAGUUUUCCAUUCCUUGAAUUAGUUCCCUGAAUUCUCCCAUUUCAUUUUACAUUGAUGUCCCACUUGGGUUGGCAUUCAGAAUUAUAUUCUAUUAAAAAAAAAAUCAUGUGCUCCUGCAGUUAAUGACUAAUUAAUUGUAUUGAGGUUACUAAUGUCUUUGGCUUUUGUCCUGGAGAAGUGACUCACAGUAUCAGGAUAUUGAUUUGGUAUUGAUAAGUUCUUUCUUAAACUGAAUAGAAUGUGUGACUGGGGAUUCUUCUCUGUUGUCAUUCAGACACCAUUCAUAUUGUUUUAUUGUGUCCUCAUCAAACUGCAUUGAUAAAAUGUAACUUUUCUAUUUGUAAGGCCAGUCACGAAGAUGAGGGCACGGGCACCUGAUGUGCAGUUUUGUUCAUCUAUCUUUAUAAUGGCCAGUUUCACACCUUGGGCUCCUGGGUGUAAGGAUUCAAGCAAAGAAUAUAAUAUGUCCAUUAUUACUUUAAAAAAUGAGCAGCCCUAGAUGAUAGGGCAUAGAUAGAACAUUUAAAUUAACUCAGAAAUAUGUAAAUAAGGGCAAAGGGAUUUGUCCAAAGUGAACCUAGAUUCACCACUGUUCCUUUUUUUUGUUCAUGCAGAUUAAGAAAAAACAUCCCAUAAUGUGGAAUUCAUUAUUGUGUCCCUUGGCAGAAGGGUCUGUUAGCUAUAACAGGUGGCUGUUUGGAAGUAACAAAUAUUUUCUUUAGGUAGCUAAAUAGGUUGUACAGGCUUCAACAUUACCCAUUCACAGUAAGACUUUUUCCCUGGCCACACUUGUCCUUUGCCUUACGGGUAUGGCUUCUUCCUCAUUUUGAUCUGCCACAUUCCAAUAGCUCUCUUUUUAUAACAAUUGGACAAAUUAACUGCCCAGUAUUAUAUACAAGGUGCCAGAGAAAACUCAUCACCCCUCGAAAUCCACCUGUAGUUCCCUGUGCCACCUUGUUAAAUGAGCUAAGUAAAAGCUGCCAAAGCUUUCUGGAAUCUCUGCUUAGAUUCAACCAAAAUUAAGUAUUAGUCACUCUUUGAGACAGCCAUUGUUAGUGGGAAGCUCGUUCACUUAAGACAUCAGCUCCCCUCUUCUGAACUUCAAUUUUGUUGGAAUACCUCAUGGUAUUUUAAAAUUAUAAGCAUUUUUAAAUUAUGUAAAUAUAAAGAAAAACAAUAUUAUUUUUCUCUUUGGGGAUAAGGUUUGUUUUGUUUUUUGUUGACUCCCCUAUGUUUUGAAUGAUAAAGGAAAAAAGAAAUUUGGCCAAAAUAAUGGAGUUGAUGACUAUCUGUAGCAAUUCAAAGAAUAUGGAUGGAUGUCAGUUGUAAACAGUAGGUAUCCCAUAAAAAAUAAUACCCUUUUUAAAAACAGACACACUGAUGAUCAUGUGGUGUAAUUCUAUAAGAACAUCUUUUCUGUUGUCUUUCAAGAAGCCAUGAUGGCUCUGAGCUCCCUCUUGGGAGUGCCUUUAAUCAGUGAUGGCAUGCUAGUUCACCUGAUUCCCAUUUCAUUUGAGGAAUGAGGUGGGGGAUGCUUUCCAUGUUCAUUAUGUUGUUUUGAUUUAAACUAUCUUAUCAAAUUGUGUUAGGUCAUCAUAAGACUUAGAAUAAUGUCUUCAGAGACAAAAUUACUUCAGAUAUGUUAGAAGAAUGGAAUAGAUAGAUCACCAUAAAAUUUGUUUUUCUUUUCUUUAAAUCACUCAAAUGCUAACACUUUGGUAAAGAUUCAACCUUAAGAAAGAUUAGGAUUUCUGCUACAGUGACUUCAUAGUGCCUGAAGAAACAAGUCAGCUUUGGUUCUUUGUUUACAUGAUUUUAAACUUCCUUGCCAGUGCUCACCAAACUUUUUAAGGAAACAAAAUAUUUUAAGUUUUUGAAACAUUCUCCUUGAUGCCUAGGUUCUUCUUGUUUUAUUUAUCAAAGAAUAAUUUUCCAUAAGCUAUUUCAAGUGAAUAGGACAGAAAUUGUCAAGAGUUUAGGAUUGCCUUUAUAGCCUCUUUAUUUUUGGCCAUUGGACAAAGAAAAACAAACUCUUGAGUCAUGACUUCUUUAAAGGAAUUCUUUCCAAAAAGUUGAAUUCAAACUUUGAUUAAGCCUUAAGUUAUGAAAUAUUAAAUCUAGCAAGAAGAGAAAUCGGGUCUCUAUUCACUUAAGUAAUCUGAAUGGUAGAAAUGAAAGUUGUCUUUAGACAGUAAAAGUCAUUUUAGUCUACAUUCAUAAAGUGAAUGCCUUCAAGAUGGAGAGUGCUCUUAACAACGGCCAGAUAGUUUUAGCUGUUAGCUUUUUUCCUGGGAUAGAGCCAUAAACCCUUAGAUUUUUUUUUUUUCAAUUUAUGAGACAUUUUCCCCAGCUCUACACAUAACAUUCUGCUGCAGUGCAGUCGUAUAUCCAGGAAACAUGAAGUUGAUAUCAUUACUGAUAAAAAAAAGUAUGCCUUAAGUUUAAGAAUAAAAAUAAAAAACACCUACUUCAGAAGUUCAUUAUCUCCACUUAAAGAAAGAUAUGGCAUUUGGUGAUAGGAGAAAUGAUUAUAUCCUGUAAACCAGUCCAUAGAAAUUACCAGGAAGACAUUUGGUCUGGGAGAAUGAAUGUUUCCAGGUAUUUUCUUAAAAUCUGAAUACAGAAAGGGUUGCUGCUUGGUUCUCUGAUUUGGAAAUGGAGGAAGAGGGAGAAGGCGGGAACACUUACGAAUCUCAAAAGAAACCUGACCCUGAACACUUUUACGCUCAACGAAAGUACAAAAAAAGUUGAAAUCUAUUGUGAUAUUUAUACCAUGGCUGUCCCUCAGUCAGGCUUCCACUUACUGCCCUCCUCCCUCAGAUGGCCGUCAGGAAAGAGUUUGUUUCCAGAGUCUCAAGGUAGAUAUGACCUUCAUUUCCUUCACAAACACAUGCCCUUUACUUCUUCUGCUAAAUAAAACCUUGUUUUGAAGAUUUCUGUAGAACCAGUGGAUUUUAGAAAACAGUGAUCUGACACUUGGAAUGGUCUAAAUCAUAUAAGAAAAGAAUUACGUUUUCUGAUUUCUUUUAGGUUUACAAAGAUCAGAAUUUCCAAACAAUACUAAGCAUUUUUUUUUUUUUUAGUAAAUAUAACAUUUCUCUAGUUGUGAAAUUUGUGGGUUCUGAAGAUUUUUUAAAAAAAUAUUAUUUAUUGUCCAGUUCUUUUCCAAGAAUGUGAUAAGUUUUGAGUUUGUGUGGGGUUUUUUUGUUGUUUUAUUUUGUUUUUUGCAUUUUAAGGUAAAUUGUUGUGUGUUAGGUGUAUAAUUCUCCAAUUUAGGGAUUUUUUUUUUAGGUUUUGUCAGAGUCAGUGUUUAAUUAACUUUGGGUUUGUGAUGUUUUAGAUGCCAGGCUAAUGAAAGUGUAACUGCAUCUGUUCUAUUACAAGCAUCUUUAUGUUUUAGCAACCCCUUAUAUAAUUUAUUUGUGUUCACACUACAGACCUAGAUUUUUAAUUUACUUAUGGGGUUGAUGCAUAGAGCAAGAGUUUUAUAACCAUUUGGCUGGAUAUGUGUAGUACAUUAGGGCUGGGGGAGAGGGAAAGAAGAGAAAUCCUUGUUCUUCUGGCAGAAUUGUAUUACAGAUCCAUCUUAAGAUCCAAGAGUUGUUCCAUACCACAUGUGCUUAUUGUAGUCAUUUUUUGAAGCCAGGACAGCUCCAAUUCAGAAACAGUUGUCCAUUUUGGUAGACAGACCUCUUACUCAAAAUAGAGUCUGGCUGUGAAUCAUCCCUAUUUUCCAUUGCAGAUUCUACUGUGGAUACAUUACAGUGAUCCCCUAACAUUUCUUUUACUCCACAACACCAUCUCCUGAUGUAGCUUAAAUUGGAGUGGGUUCUCAGUUCAUUAUGAAGUUGGUCCCAGUUGGCAGAGUAGAAUACUCAAUACUCAACUCUACAUGCUUCCUUUGAUCUCACAUUUUCAAACCCUUUGGAUUAUGGGAGAUUCUUUUUAAAAGAAAUAUCUCAACUAAGAUAUAAAUGACAAAGAGAGAAAGCCCUAAUAGAUUUGGGGUUAUUUGGGGGGUGGGUUUUUAUAUGCAGGUUUAUAAAUAUCUUCUUUUUGUGCCUCCCAAAAUUGUGCAUUUCUGCAUGUCCUGUAUUAGGAAUCACUUCAACUAUGUACGUGUACAGAUUUGUAUGUACGUGUGUAUGAAUGAAUGACUUUAUAAGUGUUUAUACCUUAUAUAUAUAUGUACAGUGUAAAUAUGUGUGUAUGUUUAUAUAUAUAUGUAUAUUAUGUAUACAGAUAUGUAGCCAUGUAUUCAAACAUUUUUAUGUUUAAAGAGAGUUUAUGAUUGAGUUGCUAAUGUGAGCUAAAGUGUCCUCAAUGUUUAUACAAUCCCUCAGCAUUGGAGGUUUUCCUAAACCUUUUUAUAUUUUUCUUAUUUGGGUGGUUGGAUUGGGGGUGGGGGGGGGCGGGCAAUAUACCACCCAGGGUAAGAAAAGUUAGCUAAGUCCUAACUGUAUGAGUUUAAAAAAAAAAAAAAAGAAAAACAAGAUGAAAUAAAAACUAUUCCAGUAGAAUGCACAUGUCCAUCUAUUCCCUAAUUAUGUAGAAGAGGAUAAUGGCUUGAGUUCAGAAGGCAUUGGGGAAAGGGGCAUUCUAAAUUACUGUGUUUAAAAUAUGGUCAUUCAACCUGCUUUCUUCAGUGCCCAAGUUGAAGUACAUUGUGGGGUGCAAAACUAAACUCGUGUUGCACUUCUCUGUUUCUCGGAGCACACUGGGAAUAUCCCACUGUCAACUACAGUUGUCCCACCGCAGAUUCAGACAUGAAGAAUGUUAUUUCAGUGAUGUGGACUCAGCUUCCAGGAGUGGUGUUAGUUUCCACGCUUCUUGGUGUCUCAAUCAGAAGGAUCCUUUCAUGCUGACUGUUUGUUGGUGGUAGUGGGAGGAGUGCUCUUUUCUAAGGUUCCUGGUUAGGUUGGGCGUGGGGAGAUGAGGGAAAGGGGAGCCAACAAGCAAAAGAUGUCAUAGAGAGGGGCAGUUCUGGAAGGUGAUACAUAUUUUUUUAACCAGUAUUCAUUUUUGAAGGAGGAAAAAAAUGUAUGAAUAUUUUUACUACUGUUGACUUUUAUGUGGCACUUAUUUUAGCCAAAAUACAUUUAGUCACUUGAAAUCAGCGGGGAGGGAGUUUACUGCCCAUAAUUAUGCUUACUUUCAACUUUGGAGCUACAAAUGGCUCUUGAGAAAUGCAGAACCAUCCCUGUUAGAUUCCAUACUGUGAUGUUUUUGUGUUUUGUUUUGUUUUUUUAAACAAACCAUUAUUUGGAUUUACAAUUAGAAGUUCCACCUAAAGAGAAAACUAUUAUCCACAUCAAUCAUGUUACAGUAAAAAAAAAAAAAAAAAAAAAGAUGGCAACAUUUUGGAAGAAUUCUCUUGUGGAAAAUUGGUUUACAAAAAAGAGCAGAAUCAUACAGGAUUUUUUAAAAAUACAAAAUAAAUUGCCACAGAGAUUACUAUAUUGUUUUGACGUUUAUGAAAAAGUAAUAAAUGAUGGCUCUCCCUAAUCAAAUAGGAGGCUGUGGGAGUUACUGCUUUUCAGCAUUUUAGGUUUCAUCAUAAAGUUUUAAUAACAAUCAUCCCAUUGACUCUUUCUGAGGAAGGAUGAAGGAAAAAAGAGAUACAAAAAAUGAAGUUUUGAUGACUCAACAUAAUUUUUAAAAAUAUCAAAUUUCUUUAAAAGUAGAUUGAUCAUACUGACUGACACCAUUUUAAAGAUAAACAGGACUUUAAAGAAAAGGCACUCAUAUAGUGAGUGGUAUGAUGGGUGAGGAAAGGAAGAGUGUGUCAAGGCUUUUGUUUGUGUAUUUUAUUUUUAAUGCAUAGAUUUUUGAUUAACCCAGGAAGUGUGAAGAUCUUUUUUUGUAUAUUUACAUACACCUAGCACCUAGGAAGCCAUAUUGGAGAGGAUCUGCCAUUAUUGCUUUCUCGGAAUGUUUAUUUUGUGUUUUAGUUAACAAUGAAAUGAAGAGCUUUCACUUUAAGCAGGGGUCUUAUGUAGGAGAAGUAGAAUAAUCAUUUAAAUUACCAUAGCACCAUGAAAAGAAAUGCUGCUGCCACAUAAAAUUCAAGGACUGGACUGUCUCUGGAGAUUCCGCUAUUCUCCAGAAUGCUUUGUCAACCUGUUUUCCCCUUGGUUUUGGGACUGACAACCCGCACUCUCUCUGUAGGCCCAGCCUGGCCUCCUCUCCCUGCUGCUCGCUGUGCUGUACCCGAGGCUGCGUCUUCAGUCUCAGGAAAUAGUGCUGCUCCAGACAUCGGGCAUCGUUUGCCAUGGGACCUUUUCUGUAACCUCUGCUCUUCAUCCUUAGCAAGUGUUGUUUAUGCCGUUACAUUGGAAUUCCAGGUUUCAAACCUGCUGGAGGCUGUUGCUUUCUCCCAGCUCUGUAGAAAUCGACUUUGUAUGCGUGAUGGCAUCUAAAAAAAUAAUAGCAUGUUCUUUUUUAUCUGGAUUUUAUAUCUAAUCAAUGUCUUCAGACAUGAAGAGGAAUUUGCAUUGUUGUGUUUGUAUAUAGAGUAUUGCAGUGCAUGAAUUAGCUUAUGCAUUUUAUUAAAUGCUGUUUAAAUGUGGCAUUAUAUUGUUGUGGCUUAAUACUACUACCUAAAUGAGGUUUAUACUAUUAAAAGUGAAUUACAAAUGGAAA